GGCCAACGUCGCGUUUACUCUUCCGAGCUCCCGAGAUGUGGAGUGUAACGUGGAGCCUUUGGUUGCCUCUAGUUUUCGGCUCGGUGUUCGGUCAAAGACAGCGAUGGCCGCCGUUCCUGUGUGGUGGAAACGCUACAGGAAGUUCAGGUCUCAUUGGGAGUCAGGGAUACCCCGGGGUUUACCCCGCCAACACCAAAUGCGUGUGGAGAAUAACGGUGCCUCAGGGCAAAGUGGUGUCCCUGACCUUCCGCUCCCUCGACCUAGAGAGUGACGGACUUUGUCGCUACGACUACGUAGAUGUGUACGACGGCUUCGUUAACAGCCAGCGGCUCGGCCGAUUCUGUGGCACGGCGCAGCCCGGAGCGCUGAUUUCCAGUCACAACAGGAUGCAAGUCGUGAUGGUUUCGGACGCGAACACGGCCGGGAGUGGCUUCCUGGCCGGAUAUGCGGCCGUUCGGCCGAAUGCGAGGGGGGAGCGGUACUGUGGCGGACUCUUGGACAAACCCUCAGGAGCCUUCACGACCCCUAACUGGCCCGAGAGAGACUAUCCUCCAGGUGUGACGUGCUCGUGGCAUAUUAUUGCGCCCGAGCACCAGAUAAUAGAGCUGAAGUUCGAGAAGUUCGACGUGGAGAGGGAUAACUACUGCCGCUACGACCACAUGGCCGUCUACAACGGCGCGGAAAUGAGCGACACAAGCAGGAUCGGGAAGUUCUGCGGCGACAGCCCUCCUGCGCCGAUCUUCUCUGACGGGAAUCAUCUCUUCGUCCAGUUUGUCUCCGACCUGAGCCUCACCGCCGACGGCUUCAUCUGUCAUUACACGUUCAAGCCGAAGAACUCCACUGUCCCAGACUCCCCCGUUCCCGUCAACGCAGCCGUCCCUACAACCCCAGGGCCCGUAGCACUGGCGUAUUCCGAAGCUCUCUGCAAGCAGAAGUGCAAGAGAAGCGGAACGGUGGAAAGUCAUUACUGCUCGAGCAACUUUGUGCUGACGGGAACACUCGUCUCGGCUGCCAUGAGGGAACAGAGCGUGCUCACUACCUUCUCCGUCACCAACCUGUACAAGGAAGGAAACCUGUCCAUCCAGCAGGCCGGAAAGAGCAUGAGCACUAAAGUCGUAAUCCUGUGUAAGAAAUGCCCUUUAGUCAGGAGAGGUCUGAACUACAUCGUCAUGGGUCACGUGGACGAGCAGGGACAAGGAGUGGUUUCACCUCAGAACUUCGUGAUGGCCUUCAAGACUAAGAAGCAGAGGGAUCUGGCGGUGUUGAAAAAUGUCCGCUGCUGAUGGGAGGCGGUGGCCAUGUUGGAUUUGUCACCUUCAAUCGGGAAUUGUUGCUGUAACAUAUUUUACAGACCGUACCGUAUGUCUGCUUCAAGACGUAUUGGGACACCUGACUUUCCCAGUCUUUGUGCACAAAGCAAGCUCCAUGAAGAUCUGCUUUACAUGGCCUGGAAGUGUGUAAAAGAUCUCCUCACGUCACCUACAUCAGUCACCACUUAUCUUCACAAAACCUAGAACAUCUUCCCAGAAGAUGCUUCAUUAGUAAACGGGGACUGAAUUUGGAUCUACAUACCCAUCUUGUGGUCAGGUGUCCACAAACUUUUGCUUAUAGAGCGUAUGUGCAGAUGAUUUACAAUUGUGUAUAUACUGUAUAUCAUUUCAUUUGUAAAACCUCUCCACUUCAGAGAGCCUUGUAUACAGUAGGUUUUAUUUAUAUGUGCUGUUAUUGUGAGAUGAAAUCCCACAGGCUUCAAAAUUCCUGAACCACACGAGUGUAACAUAUCAGAAACGUUUUGCUCGAAACGGUCCAAUCGCAUCCCGCGCCAUUCGGAUAAACGCUUUCGACUAAAUAAAUAAACGCGAACGUAUCGGAUCGAAGCCGAUAGAGGGAAACUCCCGCUUGUGGUAAAGAUCAAUAUUUACAUAAAGGAUCGUUUUUCUGCCAAAGAAAGAGAGGAAUAUUUUUUUUUUUAAUUCUUUAAAAAGUGUCCAGAAUAAUUAUACAGUUGAAUCAGGCUUGUAAGUGUGUGUGUGUGUGUGUGUGUGUGUGGAUUCAAUUAUAUUAAAUGUAGGAAACUAUGUGUGCGGUUCAGUUUUUCAAAAGCUCCCAAAUAUGUGGAAUGCAGCACACGACAUCUUUUCUUCUUCUAUAAUCCUGCUUUUUUGCAGUUUUGAAUAAAAAAAAGUAAAAAAAAAAAA